AACAAACAGACAGACACUUCCGCUUCCGGAAACCGUCCCCCAAAAAAGCCGCAACAUAAACACCACACUCAAAAUCAUCACUCAAUAGAUUCAGUAAAUCAAACAUUUUGUGCAAAACGCGUCAGGAUGUCGGGCCAGAAGCGUCCUUCUGAGGCCGGCGGUCCUUCCUCGGGGCCUCCCGAGAAGCGGAGGGAGCGGGACGGGGGAGAGGACGCCGGUCCUGGGCUCAGCGCGGCUGCUGGGGGGAGCACGGCUGUGGAAACUGUCAUCAAACUUGGACUCAACGCCAACACGGAGGAACAAGACAUCAAAGCUCUGCAAGUUAAAAACCGCAAGCUGGGAGAAGCCCUUGAUCAAAGACAGGUGAUUGAGGAUGAGCUGCGAGACCGUGUUGAACGGCUGGAGACUCGUCAGGCCACAGACGACGCCAGUCUACUCAUCCUCAACAGAUACUGGAACCAGUUUGACGAGAACGUGAAACUGACUGUGAGGCGCUGCGACCAAUCCGACAAGGAGCCCGAGAAAUCUCCCGCCACCGAGGGACAGGGGCCGAGGCUGAAGCCGGGAACGCCGGAGCCGGAUGGAGACUCGAAUCAGGAGAGGCCCAAGGACAGAGGCCACCAGGGGGAGACGGCCACCUCCUUCCUGGCCACGCUGGCCAGCAGCAGCACGGAGGAGAUGGAGGCGGAGCUGCAGGAGAGGCUGGACUCCAGCCAGAAGCAAGUGACCCGUGUGGUGGAGCUCUACGAGGGGCUGAAGAGCACCGUGGAGCGCCUCAAGGUGGAGCCCGACUCGGGCGGCGAGGGCUCUCUAUGGCAGGUGGCCUCCCAGCUUAACACCCUACUGACCAAUGAGAACGACAGACUACGUCAACUGUCUGAAGAUCUCACACAGAAACACAGUCAAAUGACCACAGAGUCUCGUUCCCUGGGCCGUGCGGCCGCCAAGGCGGACACCCGGGUCAGCGAGCUGCAGGGCCUCAUCGAGGAGCUCCAGUGGGACAUGGAGAAGAUCCGCCGGCGGGAGAACCGGCUGAAUGCCCGGCUCAGCGAGAUCCUGGAGCGGGUGAACAGCAAAGGCUACAAGGUUUGCGGCGAGGCCAGCAGUGUGUGUGGGACCAUCACCAUCAACAAGAGAAAGUUCGAGGAGAUGAACAGCGAGCUGGAGGAGAACCGGGAGCUGGCCGAUAACCGCAACAGUGAGCUGCAGAAGCUGGAGCAGGACCUGGCCAGCGUCAACCACGAGAACAACAACAUGAAGGCGGAGCUGCUGAGCCGGGCGGAGGGCGUGGUCAAGGACAGUGCGGAGUACCGCUGCCUGCAGUCCCAGUUCUCUGUGCUGUACAACGAGUCUCUGGGGCUCAAGAGCCAGCUGGACGAGACCCGCACCCGCCUCAACACCACCCGAACGGCCCGCCUCCGCCAGCUGGAGCACAUGGAGAACGACGAGGUGGCGCUGCAAAGGAAGGUGCGGACGGAGGUGUUCCAGCUGGAGGACACGCUGGCCCAGGUCAGGAAGGAGUACGAGAUGCUGCGCAUCGAGUUUGAGCAGACCCUGGCAGCCAAUGAGCAAGCAGGCCCGAUCAACAAGGAGAUGCGCCACCUGAUCAGCACCCUGCAGAACCACAACCAGCAGAUGAAGGGGGAGGUGGUGAAGUUCAAGCUGAGGCUGAGGGAGACCCAGACUGAGCUCACCCUGGUCCGCGCCGCCAAGGGCAGCGGCGUGCUGCAUUCCCAGUCCAGCACGGAGAUGGAUGUGAAGGAAGAGACCGUCUCUCCUGCAGCCACCGUCACCGCCGGCGACGCCGCCGCCGCGGUCAAGGCGGAGUCAGACAGCGGCUCGGCCACGCCCAGCAGCACCGGGAGGCGUGUGUCUUGCGGCCCCCCAGGUGUCCUGGUGAAGACGGAGCCCGGGGCAGAUGGGGACGUGAAGGAGGAGGAGAAGGAGGACCGGAAGGAGGACAGGAAGGAGAGCGUGAAGAAGGAGGAGCGCGAGAAGGAGAAGGAGCGCGAGAGGAGCACGCGGGGCGGGGGCGGGGCCAAGGAGGAGCGGGACAAGCCCGGCAGCAGCCAAUCGGAGGAGGCGAGCGGGGACCGCCCCUCGGUGGGCGGCGUGCCGAAGAGGAAGGAGGUGGAGCAGCUGAAGACCGUCCGCACCGAGCUCAAGAAAGCCCAGGAGUCCCAGAGAGAGAUGAAGCUGCUGCUGGACAUGUACCGCUCAGCGCCCAAGGAGCAGAGGGACAAGGUGCAGCUGAUGGCCGCUGAGAAGAAGGCCAAAUCAGAGGUGGAGGAGCUGAGGCAGCGGCUCAGGGACCUGGAGGAGAGGGAGAGGAGGGAGGGCAAGAAGAUGGCGGACGAGGAGGCCCUGAGGAAGAUCCGCUCGGUGGAGGAGCAGAUCGACAUCCUCAACAAGAAGCUCUCCAUCGCCAAGCAGGAGGAGGAUGCGCUGCUGAGCGAGAUGGACGUGACGGGCCAGGCCUUCGAAGACAUGCAGGAGCAGAACAUCCGUCUGAUGCAGCAGCUGCGCGAGAAGGACGACGCCAACUUCAAGCUGAUGAGCGAGCGCAUUAAGUCCAACCAGAUCCACAAGCUGCUGAAGGAGGAGAAGGAGGAGCUGGCCGACCAGUUGCUCACGCUCAAGACCCAGGUCGACGCCCAGCUGCAGGUGGUGCGCAAGCUGGAAGAGAAGGAGCGCCUCCUUCAGGGCACCAUCAGUACUGCAGAGAGGGAGCUGGCCCUGAGGACACAGGCCCUGGACAUGAACAAACGCAAGGCUCAGGAGUCUGCUCUGCUGUCGGAGGAGGUGCGCACCCAGCUGGAGCAGGUGCAGCAGAGGCUGAGCCUGGUCCGCGAGGAGGUGGUGGAGAACAGCAUCUCCCGGGAGAAGGAGUCCUUCAACUCCCGCCGUGCACAGGAGGACAUCUCCAAGCUCCGGAGGAAGAUCGAGAAGGCCAAGAAACCGGCCGAGAAGAUCAGCAACGGAGACGAUAUCCUAAACGAGGAGAUCAACGAGUACAAGGCGCGACUCACGUGCCCAUGCUGCAACUCGCGGGUGAAGGACGCCGUGCUGACCAAGUGCUUCCACGUCUUCUGCUUCGAGUGCGUGAAGACACGCUACGACACACGCCAGAGGAAGUGCCCCAAGUGCAACGCCGCCUUCGGCGCCAACGACUUCCACCGGAUCUACAUCGGCUAGAGGAACGCCGCGCCCGAGUGUGUGCGCGUCUGUAUGUGUGUGAGAGAGGGGGGUGGGGUGUGUGUGUGAGUGCGGUGGUGGUGCAGGGGUGGUGUGAUGUGAAGAUGAUGAAGGUUGACUGUUCCCCACCUACAUUGUGGUCUGUUGAUGUUCUUCUGGUUCUGUCCACUGAAUGGAGCACUUCUGUUGGGAUGUCGUCAGGAGGCUGCAUAACUAAGUUUGAUACUGCUUGUUGUGUGUGUAUUUGUGUGUGUGUGUGUGUGUGUGUGUGUGUGUGUGUGUGUGUGUGUGUGUGUGUGUGUGUGUGUGUGUGUGUGUGUGUGUGUGUGUGUGUGUGUGUGUGUGUGUGUGUGUGUGUGUGUGUGUGUGCCACCCACAUGUAAAGAGAGGGAAGUGGUAACGUUCCAGACAGAAGAUCAGUAGGGUAUUGACCAAUAAAACGUUGCCCCCACUGUAGUUGAUAUAUGUACAAUUUGUGGUUGCAUUUUGUGUCUAUGUGGAUGUUUUUUAGUUUUUUUUAUAAUUUGAAAACUGCCUUUUCCGGUCUUAGUGUUGUCAGGAUGUCUGCGAUUGAUGUAAGUGCUGCUCUGCUUGUUAUUAAACUGCCAUCCAAACUGUGGGAUGCUGGCUCUUG